CAAAACAAUAUUAAUCUGGAGCAGUCGAGUCGCUAACCAAGCCCGCUGGCUUUUGUGUAUUUUUAAGACAAUUUCACGUCUUUCCCUGGCCUUGUCGCAAUGGGGUGGUUCUGGGGCAACUCCUCUGGCGAUGAUGAUCCUACGAAGAAAUUAGACCCCGGGCUCCGAGAAUACUUGGAGAAAGAGACUCCAUCAAGAUAUAUACCGACUACGGAUGUGCCAUCCUCCGAGCCUCCCUCGAGAGAGACGCCGACCUCUCCGGACAAUGCCACUUCUGAGAGCAAGGCGACUGUUCCCUCCGCUUCCCUAUUCCCUGACGGCCGAUACGCCCACCUCUGGAAAACAUAUCAGCCCAUGAGUGAGCUUGAGGGACCAGAGGUAUCACCAGCUGAGAAGGUCGUUGAUCAAUUCAAGAAGAGAAAAGACGUUUUAAACCGAGCGGCGUUAGAAAAUUGCGCAGAGGAACACAUUGCGCUUACAAAUUGCUUUAAAGAUGGAGACGUACAGCAAAGGAUGUGGGCUAGGAUGACUAUGUGCUCAAAACAGAACAAAGAAUUCUCAAGAUGUUAUACGAUGCAAGCGAAAUUCCUACAGGCUCUCGGCUACGGUUCGAAUUUUGACUGGGAUCGAGAAAACGAGGAGAAGAUUCAAAUGCAUGCAGACAAGCUUUACCACCAGAUGUUGGACUACGAGGCUCGAGUGGAAGAAGCAAAGGCUGCUGGUGUCGAGCCCCCUCCUCUGAGGUCCUUGUUCAAUCCAGAUGCGGCACCAAUACCCGCGGAAUCUGGGGAUAACACGAACGAGCCCGCUAUGGUCCCUGGUGGACUCCAGAUACCGGCUGGCAUGAAGCCCUCAAAGCCUCUAAAAGACCUGACUCCUCACGAGCGAGAGUUAGAGGUUAUGGCGCUCAAACAACAAGUUGUACAGCGGGAUCGAUAUGUGAAGGAGGUUUCACCAUUGGUCAAGGCUGACGAGGAGGCGAAAGCGAAGCGACGUGCCAAGUUUACCAGCUGGUUCGGCGAAACUAUCGGGAGAUGGCUGGCAUAA